UUACUUUAUGUGUCAUGACUAUUUCUAACUGUCGUCAACAGUGUUGAUAAAGGAUUUUAAAUAUUUUCGGACUGUUUCUUGUGCACUGUCUAAAACGGGGAACUUUAAUUCAAAGAAAAGAUCCAAACCAGCCAUGGUUUCCAUGCGCCAGCGCUAUGAGGCCGCUAUGGUCCUGAGUGCAGCUGGGGAUGCCUUGGGGUAUAAGAAUGGCUCCUGGGAGUUUUGUCACCACGGAAAAGAGAUUAUAAAAGAGUUGAAGGCAUUAGGAGGAUUAAAUUCUAUAUUAGUGAAACCACCAAAGUGGAUAGUUAGUGAUGAUACUGUCAUGCAUUUAGCGACAUCUGAGGCCCUCACCAAAUGUAAAGAGUCCAGUAAAAAAGAUGAACUGUUCAGGGAAAUUGCUAGAAACUACAAACAGUGCAUGAAGGAUAUGAGAGACCGGGCACCAGGGAAUACGUGUUGCAGCAGUGUUCACCAGCUCCAUCCAGACAGACCAGACUGGAGAGACGGAUGUAGGAUAAAAUUUUUUGAGAGAGGUGGAGGGUGUGGUGCAGCCAUGAGAGCCAUGUGUAUUGGUCUCCGAUACCCACAUGAGAGGGACCUAUCAGAUUUAAUUGCUGUCAGCGUGGAGUCGGGGAGGAUGACCCAUCAUCACCCCACAGGCUACCUCGGCAGUUUGGCUGCUGCUCUGUUUACAGCGUAUGCCAUUCAAGGAAAGCCCCCCAGAGAGUGGGGAGCAGGCCUAAUGAAGGUGCUGCCUACAGCUAAGGAGUACAUCAAGUCAGAGAACUUCUAUGUGGAGGACAACUUAGAAGCUUGGAAUUAUUUUGAGGAACACUGGCAGAAAUACCUAAAAGAGAAAAACCUCCUGGAAGGAACUACGGACCCAGAGCCAGACAACCUGGAUGAAGACGGUCGCGACAAUUUUUACAAAAGUCUGAGUUACAGUGGUUGGGGCGGGUCUAGCGGCCAUGACGCUCCUAUGAUUGCAUAUGAUGCUAUUCUACAAUCAGGAAAAAACUGGGAAGAACUAUGCAAAAGAUCAAUGUUUCAUGGAGGAGACAGUGAUAGCACUGGGGUCAUUGCAGCCUGUUGUUAUGGGGCCAUGUAUGGGUAUGAAGGGGUACCAGAGGUCAAUCACAAGAGUCUUGAGUAUCGUAAAAGGUUAGUUAAGGAGGCCAAAGCAUUGUAUGAACUUGCUCAUGGAUCUGGUGAGGAAGACUUUGAGGUGGAGGAGGAUGACACAAUAAAAGAAGAAGAUGAAAAGGCAGCAGAUACGACAGACAUGAAGCAGGAGGUACCAGAGAAAGAGAGUGAUCAAGAGGAGAAAACUCCGCAGUCUGAGAAUGGACAGGAGAAAGACAAAGUACAGACAACUGUAUGAUUGCUAAAGAAGCAUGACUUUUUCGUUGUGUCAGGAGUAUGCUAUUGUUUGGAUUGCAACAUUGUCAAAAGUUUUCUUAUUUCAAUCUGUUAUCAAAAAUACUCCCAGAAGAAUGUUGCAUGAUCUCAAUACCUUUAAAGCUCUUAAUUUAAGGUUGAGAACUUUUCAAGUUUUCUUGAAUUGUACACAACAUUUUGAGAACAAUAUGUGUAGUGUAGCUGAAAAGUAGACUUAAAGAUGAUACUAAAAAUAACAAAAUAAAAAUUACUUUUCUAUGAAUUUUUAAAAUUAAUAAAAAUCGUCUAAAUGUAGGAGAUUUCCUAAGCCUUGUAGCCUCAUUUUUUUCAAUUUCAUUGUCUUCUGAAAUAUUAGUAUAUUUUACUUGUACAUUUCAUCUUUAAAGGAGCACAU